AACUUGACACUCUGACGUUCUUGUAAGGACUGUAAAGUCUCGCAUUGCUUCAGACUUACGGAUUGACAACUUAACGAUGGCGGACCCACUUCGGCGCCGCCGCCUCCUCCCUACGUCGUCAUGUGUCGCCCGCCCUUCGACCUCCACACUUCGGCGGUGCUUCACCUGAGCACCAGAGACGGGUGGUGUUUCCCGGAUGAGCCUGAGCCGCCAACUCCCGCCCAAACCGCUGCUAGCGAAUUCAAGGGCAUUUUUGUUGGGUGUUUUAGCUAACUUCCGCCCGUACUGAAGACGGGGCGCUUGUGAGAGUGUGAUUGACAUGUCUCGCAUACACACUGGAUGGUGGUGACGACGACGGCGGCGACGAUGUUUGUGGACGCGUCAUUUGUUGGCGUUGAAUCCGGGCCGAGGAUCCAAACACUCGGUGUCGUCAAGGAAAUCGCUUGCUGACUUAUAUUUCACCGGGGUGCGCUCGUAUCACUCAUGGCCUUCUUUGUGGACCUCGCCGGGUGGGCGGUGGCUCCUGCUUGACCCCUGAGAACCCUCCUCGUCCCCGCCUAUACAAAGUGGACGAACUUUGACUUUUUAGGCUGGCAGGGUGCAUCGCAGGACCCAUCAAUGUGGACCUCAGCGACUGAUUUGACGAGUCGCUUGUAGGAGCCUCCGGAGUUUUCUCCUGUCCUUCCCUUUCCCUUCCCUCCUCCCCUAACCCACCCUUCCCUUCAUCCUUUUCCUUUAUCAGUCCUUUUCCACCCCCCCCCCCCCUUCAUCAUGCUUAUCAAGGAGUACCGCAUCCCCAUGCCCAUGAGUGUGGAGGAGUACCGCAUUGCCCAGCUCUACAUGAUCCAGAAAAAGAGCAGAGAAGAGAGCUCUGGCGAAGGCAGCGGCGUGGAAAUCUUAAAAAACAAACCGUAUACGGACGGACCGGGUGGAAGCGGCCAGUACACCCACAAGGUUUACCACAUUGGCAUGCACAUUCCGAGCUGGUUCCGCUCCAUCUUGCCCAAAGCAGCGCUGAGGGUUGAAGAGGAGUCGUGGAACGCCUACCCUUACACCCGCACCCGGUACACCUGUCCCUUUGUGGAAAAGUUCUCCAUCGACAUUGAGACGUACUACCUGGCCGACACCGGUACCCAAGCAGAUGUUUUCAACUUGUCUGCGGCAGACAAGAGGCAGAGGACAAUUGACCCCAUCGACAUAGUGAUCGAAUCUAUCCCACCACAUGAGUAUAAAGCCGAAGAGGACCCACGGCUCUACAAGUCGGCCAAGACUCAGAGGGGUCCUCUUAAGGAUGACUGGAUAGAAGACUACAACAGCAAUCCAGGAAAGACCCCCAUCAUGUGUGCCUACAAGCUGUGCAAGGUGGAGUUCCGCUAUUGGGGCAUGCAGUCCAAGAUUGAACGCUUUAUCCAUGACGUUGGCUUAAGAAAGAUAAUGGUGCGUGCCCACCGGCAGGCCUGGUGUUGGCAGGAUGAGUGGUAUGGCCUGACCAUGGAGGACAUCAGGCAGCUGGAGCUGGAGACCCAGCGCACCCUGGCUGAGAAGAUGGCUCAGUUCGGCCAGGUGGAGGAGGCCACAGAGGCCAAUGGAGGAAAGGCGUCGCCGGUCCAAAAACAGGAGGCACAGGAUACCAACAGCUGCAUGGAGGCGGAGGAGGUGGUCUUCAGCAAUGUUACAGACACGCUUCAGCCCCGAGGAGUGCUCACCAAGCAAUGGUCCACCUCGUCCAGAUCCUCCCGCUCCUCCAAAAGAGGAGUGAGCCCAUCACGCCACAGCCUCUCGGAGUGGCGGAUGCAGAGCAUAGCACGAGACUCGGACGACGGCUCUGAAGAGGAGUUCUUCGAUGCUCAUGAGGACUUCUCAGAUGGCGAGGAGGUCUUACCCAAACCCUUAACCAAGUGGAGCUCCAAUGACCUCAUGGACAAGAUCGAGACCUCAGACGUGGAAGAAACUCCCGGUGAGAUGACCGUGGACUACGACUCAGCGACCAGCAGACAAGGGCUAGACGAGAUGCGAGGCUGCGUUAGCGUCCCAGCCAAUAGCUCUCCUAUUCCUACCAUCACAGUAACACUACACCAGUCAGAGAGCUCGGCCCAGCAGUGCCUGCAGCCUUCCAAGAUCCACGUGCUCAUCUUGGUUCUCCAUGGAGGCAACAUCCUCGACACGGGCGGCGGGGAGCAGAGCGGCAAGCAGGCCGACGUCAACACCAUCAGCUUGGCUUUCGAGACAGUCAUGCGUGUUCACUACCCCGCCGCGAUGGGACGCCUGGCCAUCCGCCUGGUCCCGUGCCCCGCCAUUUGCGCCGAGGCCUUCUCCCUGGUGUCCAACCUGAACCCAUACAGCUACGAUGAAGGCUGUCUGUCCAGUAGCCAAGAUCACAUCCCGCUGGCUGCGUUGCCCCUCUUGGCCACCUCAGCGCCACAAUACCAGGAGGCCGUGUCCACCGUCAUCAUCAGAGCCAACCAGGUGUUUGCCGACUUCAUCAAGUCUCUGGAUGGGGCUACGUUCUCUGGCCAGGUUUGCCUCAUCGGGGACUGUGUAGGAGGAAUAUUAGGGUUUGAUGCUCUGUGCAGCAGCAACCAGACAGUCAAUGAAAGCCAGAACAGCAGCCGGAGGGGCAGUAUCGUCAGUGUGCAGGACCAGGACCUUCUCUCUCCAGGCACCAUCAUCAAUUGCGGGCAGGGUUCCGCCUCACCAACCCUGGAGGGCAGCCGGCACCUGAGUCGCAGCAACAUCGACAUCCCUCGCACGAUGCCAAGCGAGGACAAGAGACCACUGGCACGCAAGAGAAGUGACUCUUCUACCUACGAGCUGGACACCAUAAAGCAACAUCAGGCCUUCCUGUCCAGCUUGCACUCCAGCGUCCUGCGGGGCGACGCGACCCCACGCAGGUCCAGCAGCAGCACCAUGCUGGACGGGGCCAUGCUGGGGAAGUUUGAAUUUGAAGUGUCUGACUUUUUUCUCUUCGGCUCUCCGCUGGGCUUGGUGCUGGCUUUAAGGAAGACUGUCAUCCCCAUGCUGGAUGUGGCCCAGCUGCGUCCCGCCUGUCAGCAGGUCUACAACCUAUUCCACCCUGCCGAUCCUUCCGCCUCCCGCCUGGAGCCUCUUCUGGAGAGGAAGUUCCACCUGUUGCCUCCCUUCAACGUCCCCAAAUACCAACGCUUUCCCCUGGGGGAUGGGAAUUCGGCUCUGCUGGUGGAGACAGUCCAAAGCAACGCUCAGCUGCUACUUGAUAGCGGGCCUCCUCUGUCGCUUCGCUGUCAGGAGACCAUCAGUGAGACCUGCAUCCCUGUGCCGGUGCUAAACUGGCAGGAUGGCGGCCUCAGAGUCACACCCACCACUCUGGAGUCGGAUGUUGUUCAGUCUCAUGGUGGUGUCUUCAUGGAAAGUUCAUUCCCCUCAUCCCCUGUAACGGUCCCCUUCUCACGGGGCCUGCGGCGAUCCAGUGAGGUCAGCAUUGCCAGCCAGGUGUCAGGAAUGGCAGACAGUUACACUUCCAGCAACAUAGCCAACACCAAAACACACACUUUUAAUCGAACCAAAAGCUCCCGCCUUUUGUCCCAACUGGCCCUGUCGUCUCAAAACAAAAUAUUCCUGAAACCACCCCCCAAGUCCCGUAAGAAACAAAAGGCCAAACAGGCCUUGCAAGAAUCCUCCGAGGGGGAUCUGCCAGCCGAGCGAGACUGGACCGAGACCGAUACAUGUGGCAGUCUAAGUCCCUCCGGCUACACCUGCUUGUCACCCGUCCUGGACUCUGCUAUAUGUGAUCUGAUAUCGCUGGACUCCCAGGCGGAGGUGGAUCAAGUUGCAGCACGUUGGUGGGGCACCAAGCGGAUGGACUUUGCCCUCUACUGCCCAGAUGCUCUGACCGCCUUCCCCACCGUGGCGUUGCCUCACCUCUUCCACGCAUCCUACUGGGAGUCCACCGACGUGGUGUCCUUUCUCUUGAGACAGGUCAUGAGACACGACAACUCCAGCAUCCUGGAACUUGACGGGAAAGAAGUGUCUGAGUUUACGCCCUCCAAACCUCGGGAGAAGUGGCUCCGCAAGAGGACUCAUGUAAAGAUUAGGAACGUGACGGCCAACCACCGUGUGAACGACGCCGUGUUCACAGAAGACAGCCAGCAGGUGGUGACCGGCCGCUUUAUGUACGGCCCACUGGACAUGGUCACCCUGACCGGAGAGAAGGUUGACCUGUACAUCAUGACUCAGCCCCCGUCGGGGGAAUGGGUGUGCUUCAACACGGAGCUGACCAACAGCAGCGGCCGCGUGUCCUUUCUCCUUCCCGAGGACAGACGUCUGGGUGUGGGCGUCUACCCUGUCAAAAUGGUGGUCAGGGGCGACCAUACCUUUGCAGACAGCUACUUGACGGUCAUCCCUCGCGGCACAGAGUUUGUGGUGUUCAGCAUCGACGGCUCGUUUGCCGCCAGCGUCUCCAUCAUGGGCAGUGACCCCAAGGUGCGGGCGGGGGCUGUUGACGUCGUCAGGCACUGGCAGGAUUUGGGCUACCUGAUCAUCUACGUGACGGGCAGACCCGACAUGCAGAAGCAACGAGUGGUGGCUUGGUUGUCGCAGCACAACUUCCCUCACGGCAUCGUGUCCUUCUGUGACGGCCUGGUCCACGACCCGCUCAGACACAAAGCCAACUUCCUUAAGUCCUUGACAGAGGUUCACAUGAAGAUAUUCGCUGGUUACGGCUCGACCAAAGACAUCUCGGUCUACACGGCCAUCGGUCUGCCCGCAUCACACAUCUACAUCGUUGGAAGACCCUCCAAAAAGAUGCAACACCAGUGUCAGUUCAUCACUGAAGGUUACGCGUCCCACCUGUCCCAGCUGGAGUACAACCAGCGCUCCCGGCCGGCCAAGCCCAGCAGCACGCGCAUGGUGCUGCGCAAGGGCAGCUUCGGCGUGGGCGCCAACAGCGACUUCCUCAGGAAACGCAACCUGCUGCGCACCAUCUCCUCCCAGCCGGCCCCCAGCUCGCCCACCGCGGGGAGCGUCCACGUGCGCCCCGAGCGCACGCAGAGCCAGUCGGACAGCGAGCGUCUGGAGCGCGAGCGCCAGGAGCGUGUCCACGGCCAGGCGGCCACGCAGCGCAGCAUGAGCAUCACGGCCAGCUGCUGGGGGCGCAGCAGCACCAAGAUGGAGCCCGGGAUACUCAGCCCCAAAUGAGGCGGGAGACACGGCGCUGACGACGAACAGGUGCUCUUUUCACACACACAAUCAGACAUGCCGCACAGAUGUUUCCUCAGCUUCUCUCGGACCAAACCGACGCCAGAGUAGCGCCACGCUGUAUAAAGCUGCAAGCACAACUUUUAAUGCUGGAUGGGUCAAAACUUUUUCCACGUAAAAACAUUUAACUGCAGCCCCGCCCCCCCAGGAGAGUCAUGUGACUCCUUCCAGGUGAAUGUGCCAAAGUACUCAAGCAUGGAGCGCAAUAUCUGUGCGGGGACGCCACAUGACGAGAUGUACAGUAUGUUUGUACAUUAUAAAUAUUUAGAAUAUAAAUUAUGAAUAACGGUGCAGAACUGCUGUCUGCCGGUCCACUCCAGACCCACGUUAAGUGUCUUCUUUCUAUUCAGGAUGACACCUCCUCCUUAUUUAAGGACUUUGUUUUAAUGUGGAGGAAAAAUAUUAUUUUAUUAAAUGACUUUGGGAUUCUUUUUAUUCCUAUUACAGUACUGACCCGAAUAUAAGACCGCUCUAUUCUCUUUUCGGAAAACCACAAUAACAGCUCCAGACACGGUUUUUUUCAAUACUGAAUAUAUAUAUUUUAGUGCAGUGGUUCUCAACCUUUUUUCAGUGAUGUACCCCCUGUGAAGGUUUUUUUAAUUCAAGUACCCCCUAAUCAGAGCAAAGCAUUUUUGGUUGAAAAAAAGAGAUAAAGAAGUAAAAUACAGCACUAUGUCAUCAGUUUCUGAUUUAUUAAAUUGUAUAACAGUGCAAAAUAUUGCUCAUUUGUAGUGGUCUUUCUUGAACUAACAUAUUUUUCGGACUAUAAGUCACAGUUUUUUUUCAUAGUUUGGCCGGGGGUGCGACAUAUACUCCAGAGCGACUUAUGUGUGAAAUUAUUAACACAUUAACAUAAAAUAUCAAAUAAUAUUAUUUAUCUAAUUUGCGGAAGAGACAAAGAAAAUGUCAGCAAUCGUCACACACACAUCAACCAAUAAGCAUUUGGCAGGGGAGCGUCAUGGCAGAAGUGCAUUGUGGGAUGCUAACUGCUAACUGCUAUAUGCUACUGCCGUAGCUAUUAAAAUAGAUCAUUUCAUUGUUGGCGGUAACUUAUAAAAACUGAGAAGGGCUGAACAAAAAUGGCACCGAAAAGGAAAUCAUGUACUGCAGAUUACUAGCUGGACGUAGUGAAAUAUGCACCAGAAAACGACAAGUUGGCAGAGUUGUUUAGAAGCGACAUCGAGGAAGAAGAUUUCAUGGGAUUUAGCGAUUAGGAGUGACAGAUUGUUUGGUAAACAUAUAGCAUGUUCUAUAUGUUAUAGUUAUUUGAAUGACUCUUACCAUAAUAUGUUACGUUAACAUACCAGGCACCUUCUCAGUUGGUUAUUUAUGCCUCAUAUAACGUACACUUAUUCAGCCUGUUGUUCACUACGCUUUAUUUAUUUCAAAUUGCCUUUCAAAUCUUGGUGCUGGAUUUUAUCAAAUAAAUUUCUCCCAAAAUUGCGACUUAUACUCCAGUGCGACAUUUAUAUGUUUUUUUUCCUUCUUCAUUAUGCAUUUUCGGCCGGUGCGACGUAUACUCCGGAGCGACUUAAAAUCCGAAAAAUACGGUAUUUGGAAAAAAAGACAUAAAAAUAACUAAAAACCUGUUGAAAAUAAACGAGUGAUUCAAUUAUAAAUAAAGAUUUCUACACAUAGAAGUAAUAAUUAACUUAAAGUAACCUCUUUGGGGAUUGUAAUAGAGAUCCAUCUGGAUUCAUGGACUUUAAUUCUAAACAUUUCUUCAGAAAAAAAAAUUAUUUUAACAUCAAUAUUUAGGGAACAUGUCCACAAAAAAUUCAUGAACUUAAUUCUAAACAUUUCUUCACAAAAAAAGGAAUCUUUAACAUCAAUAUUUAUGGAACAUGUCCACAAAAAAAUCUAGCUGUCAACACUGAAUAUUGCAUUGUUGCAUUUUUUUUCGCAGUUUAUGAACUUACAUUCAUAUUUUGUUGAAGUAUUAUUCAAUAAAUAUAUUUAUAAAGGAUUUUUUGAAUUUUUGCUACUGGCUAUUUUUUAGAAUAUUUUUAAAAAUCUUACGUACCCCUUUGGCAUACCUUCAAGUACCACCAGGGGUACGCGUACCCCCAUUUGAGAACCACUGUUUUAGUGUUCACAUGGAUAUUGUUAUCCAUGCGGUAAAAAACAUUAUUUGGUGACGCAGCUUAAUAUUCAGUUAAAUAUAUUUAGUUAAAUGCCAUUUUUAUGUUCUUUUAUAUCUGCUUCUGAAAUAUACUUUGCACGUAUAAACCUAUUUCAACACAUCUUUUUCCGGGGCACAUAAUGUCUUAUCUUCAGGUCAAUUGUAUUUUCACUGCUUAUUUUUAUUUUUGGGGCACAGUUUUGUCAUUGUUUUCUUGCCAAUCACCACACUUGUGUUCUAUUUAUUAUCAUUAUUACUAUAGUAUAUAUUGUCAUUUUAAGCUAUUUUGGAAUUCUGGGAAGGGGCUUCUCUCUCUUUCUCUAUCUCUCUCUCUCUUUCUCUUUCUCUCUCUCUGCUUUAUCCUCCAGUGUUGAAUGUGCUCCUUUAUGUCUCUUUUAAAAGACCUAAAGUUGUAAAUGUAGUGUAUAAAAAAUGUCCGAACACAGCGAUGAGACUUGAUGAUGAUGAUUUUAAUAACAAUGAGGCACGUCCCAAAGUGACUGCAAUGGACCAACCACAUGGGCGCUAAUGUAAAAGGGAAAAUGUGCAAUAUUUCCAAGGAUUUAUUGAUCACCACCAGGUCCAACACGCUGCAUCCCAGUGCUAUGACAAUCACUCCAAUCAGGAUGAUCACCACUCCCGCUUGCACCACAAAUUUCGCUCACGACUGUACUGUUUGGUCAACUGUACUGGGACAUAACAACACACUUUCCUUACAGCAGGGGUGUCCAAACUUUUUCCACAGAGGGCCGCACAUGGAAAAAUUUAAGCAUGCGGGGGGCAUUUUGAUAUUUUUCAUUUUCAAACCAUAACAAAAUAUAUGGAUUUUUUUUUUUUAUCCUUAGGGCUUAGGGAGCAUAGAGUGUCUCGGUCACUAAAAUUUUAAAAAUAAGUCAAAUUAUUAUUUUUUUUACUUUAUUUAAUGCUUACAGUAAAUCUCUAUAUCAACUUGAGGUUGAUAUAAAGUAAAACAAAUAAGGUUUUAUGCUUUUUCUGUCAAAGACAACUUUUGUUUUUUAUAGUAAAACUGAAAUAUGCAGUAUUUAGAUAGAUAGAUAGAUAGAUAGAUAGAUAGUACUUUAUUGAUUCCUUCAGGAGAGUUCCUUUAUAUAGCAAUUAAAGCCCUAAAAGAUCAAUAAUGCAGAACACCAUUGAUUUUAUUAAUAAUAUAUUUUUGAGUAAUCACAGUGAAAAGUUAAAUAAUAUCCUACUAAAUAUAUUUGAGAUCCGAAAGGUUCCUCACUCAUAAAGUGAUGCCUUUGUAUUAUUAUUUUUUUACUUUUAACACUUAAAUUUUAAGAUCAACUUCCGAUAAAUCUGUCGAUUUUAAGUUUGAACUAUUAUUUUGUUUGUUUUAUGCUCUUUUGUCAAAACUUUGAUGUUUUUAUAUGGCAACCACACAACAUAUGCAAUAUUUUUCCACAUAAAACAUUUUAUAGUGAUAAUUUUUAAGUAACAAUUCUUUAUAACAUAGAUUUUUUUGUCUUUUUUUUUGAGCAAUGGAAAAAAAAGAACAUAAAGACAAAAGGAAAAAAAACUGCCUGCGUGGAAGCUGUGUGUGAACAUUGCCACUUUUUCACAUUAGAUUUCACCUCAUUCCACUUUUUUAAAUGUUUUUUUUUUUUAAUUUUUCCAAUACUAUCAAUUUCGCAAUUUUUGCAGAAUGUGUGGCGGGCCGGUCAACUUUUAGCUAUGGGCCGCAAAUGGCCCCCGGGCCGCACUUUGGACACCCCUGCCUUACAGUCUUUUUUUGUGCUAGACGCUCAUUAUGGACAGAAGCAUCGGGAACCGCAACACCAACUAAUUUGGUCGGUCCCAAUACUUUUGUCCGUGUAGGCUGGCACAAAUCUGUGAAGAUAUGAAGUCAAUUUGGUCUUGUGAGUAAAAAUAAAUACUGCCGUAAUUAUGCUGAUGAGGGUUGAAGUGACAAGAGAUCAGAUUGAGUUGAAUCGUCUGCCCAGCUCAUUUAACUUAGAGGCCUUAAGUUGUUUUCUUUGCCUUUUGUCCAUUAUGUAUCACAACAGCUGCACAUAUAUGGACAAGCAAGUCUUAUUUCAAACUAGCUAACAAUAAAACACACAAGUCACAGUGCAAUGACGACGACGCUUGGCAAAUAUUUCUAUUGUACAGGGUGUGUAUGUGUGUGUAUUUUGUAGGUUUGGGAUAACCUCUCACUUGAUUUCCAUUCCCUUGUUUUUAUGCAGUGUAUAAAGAACAUCGAUCCAUGCAAACAAUCA